AUGUUAGGACAACAUUAUCGAUGUUUUUAUGGUUAUGUGAUAUUGGAACUUUGGGGUAUAUUUGUGGUCUUAAUCCCAUCCAGAGGUGUUUGUCGGGUGGUCAAUAUCUCGGGAAGCGGAUGCAAAUACAUAGUUUCAAUACAUAUACUGAAAAAUACAGUAGGAGGUACAAUUGGAUGUACAGAAGAGUUUAAUACUUAUACUAAAGUACAGGAAGGUACAGAAGGACUAGUUAGCAAAACAUAUAUACAGCUAGAGCCUCUAUAUCACCUAAAACUUCUUACCGAACAAGAUGACUUGCAACUGGUCGUACAUGGAGAUGACACCGGCACCAGCAACACCUCUCAAGAUGUUAGCACCGCAACCCUUGAACAAGGACUUGACACCUUCAGCAGCAACAACCUUUCUGAAACAGUCGAAAGCACCAUCGUACUUGACGGCUUGACCAGAGGUCAUCAUCAUUCUUCUUCUAACAGUGUCCAAUGGGUAAGAAGCAGUGGAAGCACCGGUAGUAACAGUCCAACCCAACAAGAAGGAAGCCAAGAAAGAACCUUCCAAUGGACCAACCAACACAACAGGCUUCAAGGAAUCGUACAAACCAAAGUACAAACCUCUGUACACAACGAUACCGAUGACAGAUGGUCCGAAACCUCUGUACAAACCAGCAAUACCAUCGGAAGCCAAGGUCUUCUUGUAGACAUCCAACAAACCGUUGAAUUCUCUGGCACCGUCACCCUUGGAAGACUUGGCAUCGUUAGCCAAUCUGGUUCUGGCGUAAUCCAAAGAGUACACGAAAGCCAAAGAGGUGGCACCAGCCAUACCACCGGAAGCCAAGUUACCGGCAAACCAUUUCCAGUAUCCCUCAUCCUUCUUGAAUCCGAACAUAGCCUUGAACUUGUCCUUGAAAGCAAAGUUCAAAGCUUGAGUUGGGAAGUAUCUCACCACAUUGGCGGUGUUACCUCUCCAGAAAGAAGACACACCCUCCUCAGCAGCAGUUCUUCUGAAACACUCGGCAAUACCGUCGUAUUUCUUAGCCAAACGACCUUGCUUGAUCAUUUCGUCUUGGUUUUGGAUCAACAACUUAACUCUCUCAAUUGGGGCAGCUGCAGUCUUGGAGACUGCAGCGGAAACACCACCCAUCAAAAAAUCAAUAAGGAAAUUGGAGUCCAUGUUUGUAGUGAAUAG